UUAAUUCGAAAAUUUAAGACUAUAAAUAAGCCUUGAAUGUAAAACAUAGCAAAAGCAGAAGAAACACCAAAACACUUUGAGCAGUCUCCCAAUUACAAAAUUCUCUCUCUCUACCUCAACAAUGGAUCUCUUCUCCUCAUCAACGAUUGCACGGCAGACUUGGGAAUUGGAGAACAACAUAGUCACGACCGCCGCCGACGCCGCGGACUCGUCCUCCGCCGCGUCGGACGCCAUCUUCUACUACGAUGAGGCGGCGCAGGUCAAGUUCCAGCAAGAGAAACCGUGGUCGAUUGACCCACACUUCUUCAAGCGCGUGAAGAUAUCUGCACUCGCGCUUCUCAAGAUGGUCGUGCACGCACGCUCCGGCGGAACGAUUGAGGUCAUGGGGCUCAUGCAGGGAAAGACCGACGGAGAUGCGAUUAUUGUGAUGGACGCUUUUGCCCUACCCGUUGAGGGCACUGAAACUAGGGUUAAUGCGCAGGCCGAUGCCUAUGAGUAUAUGGUUGAUUAUUCCCAGACUAAUAAACAGGUAAUUUAUUUUUCCCCCCUUUCCAAUAAUGCUCUAAAUUUCUAUUUGUUGAUUACUGCGACGGGAUUUUUAACUAAUAGAUGAAUUUAUUUGGCAUGGUGUUUGUGAUGAGAAGGUUUAGAGAGGUUGAAAUUAGGGGUAGGGUUU